AUGAGCGGUAGCUCCCUUGCUUGUAACCGCGAUGUAAGCCUCACAAUCGGUGACGUUACAGUUCCCGUUCCUGCGAACGUUUCUCACCCAGAGAGGGUUACGUGGGUCUUGCCGGGUGACACCACCAACAGCGGUGCUUUUCACAUCGGCGAAGACGCUGCGGACGAACUGUCAUUGGAUGUAGGGGAUAUGUUCUUUCAUUUAGGAGACAAUGCCACACGCCAAUACCUACGCUGGAUCUGUCAGAAGGAACUCCUUAAACAGGACAUGUGCCUAACAGGGGAGCCUGGUCCUGCGCUGCGGUGGCUGGUGUUGCUGUACUCUCGACUCACACGUCGCGAAGUGCAGUGUGUGUCCCUCAAUCGUGACACAAACGAGGGUGAUCUCGGCCAACGGCGGGAAAUUCGUAACGGAACGCUCUCUUAUGAGGAUCAGAGCGUUGUCAUCGCUGCCCGCGAAGGACAACUGCUAUUGUUAGAGGGGUUGGAGAGGGUAGAACGGAAUGUACUUCCAGUGAUAAAUAACUUGUUGGAGAACCGCGAAAUGCAUCUUGAGAAUGGGAUGGUGCUGAUCCACCCAGAGCGGUAUGAUAAGAUUUUCAACGAGGCACUCUGUGAGGAACUGAAAGGAGGUAGGCAAGAUGCUAACGUGGAAGGUGGCAUUGGUAACCAAAUCCCGCAGGCGGUUCACGCGAAGUUGCAGCGUAUGGGGUUUAUUCGCGUGUCGGAAAGUUUUCGUGUCAUUGGGAUCACUGCCCCAGUUCCCCCGUAUGAUGGUACACCACUGGAUCCGCCGCUUCGUUCACGGUUUCAAUGCUUGUAUGUUGACCUUCCUCCACCCACCCUGGCAGCGACAAACGUUACCAAUAUGGCGCCUGGUGGUCGUGCAAGAGGUGUUUUUGAAUCGUUGCUUAAACUGCGCGCUUCCAUCGAGGAGAUGAAUGCGCGCACGCGGGGAUUCACCUCUGGCGGUACCCAGGGCCGCGACAGCGCUGUUGGUGGUUGUGUGUCUUCGCUUUGCGGGCUGCAGACCAUUGGAAGUUACGAGGUGGCUCAAGUCUUCCGACAGUUUAUGCUAUUUCCUGAUGUUCCAGUGAGUGAGUUGUUACUACGAUCCUUCCCGUGGACGCUAUAUGCACAACAAACUGGUUCGGGUAGUGGCACCUAUGAAGAGUCGAUGAGACGCCUUCGAGAUUACGAAAGGGUGCUAGCCGCGUGUGACAUUGGUACUCCCCUGUCAAACCAUAUUUGCCACCAUAGUGAUGUCAGCGUACGGGAUAGUGGCAAACCAACAGAUCACUGUACGCAUGAAGAUUGCGCUGUUCGUUCUUCAAAGCAUUAUAAUGAUGUUGUGUUUAUAGACAAUGUUCGUGUUGCAAAGUCGAAGGUGUUGGCCGUGUUGCAGCACCCUGUGGUGGUAGGCGACGCUUGUGUCGACGGGAUGAAGGGGAAAUAUCAACUUCCGUUAUAUUUGGGUGAAUUUGCUCUCAAAUCAUCGCGUGGUGGGCCUUCAUCGCCUUCUAGUGGUAGAAAGUGGAGAACGGUUGAUGUGAAAGUGUACUGUAGCAGUUCGAGCACAGUCUUUACACCAGGACAUGUUCACGUUUUACAGUCCAUGUUGCAGUUGCACAUUGCGGGGCGGCAUAUCUUGCUGCUGGGAUCCAGUGGAAGUGGCAAAACGACGUUGCUCCACGAAUUUGCGCGCCUUCUUGGUUACCAGACGGAGACUAUGUACCUCUAUGCGGAUAUGACGAUCAAAGACCUUUUUCAGAGACGAGCUACCGAUUCGGUAAGUGGUGACACGGUGUGGCAGAACAGUGCACUCGUUGACGCAGCACUCAACGGUCGCAUGGCUGUACUUGAUGGAAUUGAUAAAAUGCCUUUAGGGAUGCUCAGUUCGCUGCAGCAACUCCUUAUUGACGGGAGCACCUCACUCUGCGACGGGUCCGUGCUGAAAUCGUUCAAGGAGUAUGGGAUCAUUAAGGAGAAGCUGCGCGCCACCGAAGAGGAAAUGAAGGCACGUCGCAUAUUUCCCAUACAUCCUUCAUUCCGUGUGGUGGGUACAGCGCGAUUUCCUGCGCUUAACAGCAAUGGGACAGGCAACAAAGUGUGGCAAAACCAAUGGCGCGUUACACACGAUGUCACCGAGCUGUUUGGGGUUGUCCAAAUGCCGUCAUGUUCGCAGUCGUUAUUUCGUGCCAUUCUCCUUCGCGUGGCUGAGUUGGAGUUGCAAUUUUGUGGGAACGAAAAGGUAGACGGUAUCCGCGCCUCAGUGGGCCCUGAGGGCGGGAUAUCAUCAGGAUUGAAGCGUGAUGUGGAUACCCUGCUGCGGCUGCGUGAUGAACUUGAGCGAUUACAAGUCACGGAACCAAAAACGCCGCAGCUAAGCCUUCGACAGCUGCUAAACCUUACCCGCUUUCGCGUUCGUUAUCCUGAUGACUUUAACAUUAGUGUUGAAUCUACGCUGCUACUCCCACUGCUGAGUUCAUUGGUAGCAGAAAAAGUGCGUCAGGUGAUGCAGAUUUGUGGAUUUACCUGUACGAGUGGGCUCGCGGAACGCAAGCAGGAUCCACUGCGAUCAUCAUCCGUUUCAAAGAGUAGCAUGGGGGAAACGUUGAACUGCCAUUCCCUUAAAGAGUUCCUACUCCCCUGUGACCCAACUAUUCCUAAUGCUGGCGCCGGUAAAGCUGAAGGAAUUGAAGUAUCUCGUGUCUUUGGAUUGGGUGAUAAACCUAUUCUCCGCAUCAACCGCAAUUACGGAGCGAAGGAGAAGGCCAUGGUACCGCACGUGCCACACUUUCACCCCAACCCUGUUCAUGAGUCCGUCAUUGUGUGGCUCGCUAAACAGUACGCCGUGGGGAACAACAUUCUCCUAAUAGGGAACCAAGGUGUUGGCAAAAACAAGGUUGUCGAUGCCUUUCUCGCACGCGUUGGUACCCCUCGGGAGUAUAUUCAGCUACAUCGAGACACCACAGUCGGUAGCCUUACUAUCAAUCCCACAGUCGAGAACGGUCGAGUUGUAUGGGCAGACUCACCACUAGUACGGGCGGUGCAGCAGGGACACUGCCUUGUUGUUGAUGAAAUUGACAAGGCACCCGUAGAGGUGGUACAAGUGCUAAAAGGACUCAUCGAGGAUCACGAGAUGAGGCUCCGCGAUGGACGGCAAAUACUUGGUCCACGUGCGCACGUCGUACGAUUUAGCAUUUCUUCCAGUGAUUACGGAUCUAGCGAACAAAAAAAUAUCAUUAACAUGCACCCUGAUUUUCGAGUCAUUGUGUUGGCAAACCCGCCCGGUUUUCCAUUCCACGGCAAUGACUUCUACCGGGAAUGUGGCGACUUAUUUGCACCGUCUGUGAUGCUCAAUGCCGAUGCCCACUCGCAGUUGCAGGUUCUGAGAGCGUAUGGCGUGAACAUUCCAGAUGCUCUGCUGAUGAGCCUUAUUGAAUGUUUUCAACGUCUUCAAACCGAUUUUGAGGAAGGGAACAUUACUUACCCUUUUUCGUUACGGGAGCUCAUCGCUGUUGUAAGGCACAUGUCAAUGUUCCCAGGUGAUGGCGUGUACGCAGCUCUAAAUAAUAUCUUCAACUUCGACGUGUUUGACGAAAAUACACUGCGUCUUGUUCGCAAUGUACUACGGCUGCAUUUGGAUCCACUGGUACAGUUUGGUGGAAUGCAGAAGCUGUUACCUUUGCGUACCAGCCGAGCUGUGCCACUGCGGCCUUCACCAUCGCUGAUUCACAUGUCGGCGAAAUCACCGGCGUUUUUGCCGUUAAAACUGGGGGAAGUAGUAAUGUCUCUACCAGUGCGACGGCUCACGGAUUUGGAGUGUGGUGGUGCAAUAAACUGGAAGUCUGCUCCUGUUUGGUGUGAAUCAUAUAAUGCCACGGACUUCGCCGCAGAUGUUUCGGCGAACGGUGGGCUCGUCGGUUUUAGUGAAUGGACUACAGCAACAAGGCUACCAUUUCUGCAACAGGGCGACCGCGUGAUUCGUGUAGCCGUGGAAGCUCCUGAGUGCGUGGUGGGGGAGUCCAAGAGUGUUGCCGUCCUUUUUACCCGCCAGCAUGUGCUUCGAGAGGAAAUGAACGGCAGCAGCAGUCCCCUCGCAACAACAGAGAUUUUCUUAGCUAUUGCGAGUCUGCCGUCUGUUGCGUCCAUUGCGGCUACUGCGGUGGGUCGGAAGCGUCUUGCCGCAGGGCAGGUACAGUUACUUAACUUAACGGACUUAUUGCCUCUUAACUCCCUUCCGUCUUCUUCAUUACGUUUCCUCGGCACCGAGGCGAGCGGCAUUUUAGCCUCUCAGGCCCUCAAGGAGUCUUCGCAUGGUGCGUUUGGGACAUCGCCUUCAUUUGUUGAAGUUGCAUGUGCAUCCUCAGGAUCGAUUUUGCUUGCCGAUGCGUCCGCGCUUGGUUUGUGCUCAACGUCAACUGCAUUACCACGAGGGCAAGUCAGAGGUCAGGGUGACGCAGCUGGUGAUAAACUGUUGGGAUCGGUGCUGGUUGUGCAUUUGAUGCCACCCUCCAGUGAUGUCGCACUCACUCGGCACACUGUUUGCCCGGGAUGUAACCUAGUUGCCAUGACGCGACCGCGCGAACCGGAGUUGUACGUGUGGUCGAACGGGCACCGUGUCGGUGUAACCCUUCCUGCGGAGGAUAUUCGGGGAAUUCACUUCUUUGCGAACAACUAUGCUUCUGUCCACCUGAGUAAGUCUGAGUCGACGUUUUGCGGUGUGAUGAAGCUUUCAUUAAUGUCUGAUGGCGUGGCGACAGCAAGUCUUUGUUUGCUUCCCAAUGAAAUAAAUGGAGUUGUAGUAGGAUUAACGGGAACGAAAGAACCGACGCCUACUGAGGCAGCCAUGGGGCCCGUCACACCGGAGGAACUCCAGGGUGCUAUCAUCGUCGCAGGUGCUGGCAGUGAUAGUGAGAAAGAAGGCGUUUUGUACACCAUGGUUGAGAGUUACUCUUCUCGAUCGCAGUCGUGGUCGAUGCGCACCUUUGCCAAUCCCAGCAUUUCCCCUGCUGUGUGUUCUGACUUGAAUCACCAUGGAACAAUAGGUAUCGACCGUGUGCACAAACAACUUGUGGUCGCCAGCGGUAGCGACGGAGUUGACACUUGCGGUUCUCUAUUUGCCGUCGAUUAUCAUCAUCAUACUGUUCGCCAUUUCGCUCCCACGCCAACAACAUCCUCACGUUCAUCGUCGGUGAAACCUUCCUAUCCUUGUUUUUCCCUCGACGAGGUUGCGGGUAACAUUCUUCGAUAUGAUGAAGUGAAUCGGCAGCUGUUGAUAGGUGACCUCGUAGCUGAACGGGUGGAAUGUCGCCAUCGCCAACUCUCCGCUUUGCUCCAAGGGUCCGUAAAACAAGUUGGGGCGGCAGCUGCCACACCUCAGGGGAAACUUAGCAUGUCCUACUGUACAUCGCGCUAUGCGGCAUCUAAUAACCUGAAACAUGGUCGUGAGGAUAAUGAAGAACAUCACGGUGGCAACACAUACGCCGGCGGUACGGGUGGGACUGAUACUGCAGGCCUCGGCGGACUUGUUGGCCCGUACCGUCUUGACAAGGGCUGGCCGGUUCACCAAGUAUCGCCCGAAGCUAAGCAGCAGGUUCCACAACAUAUAAUAGAGGAAGCGAGACGCAUGGGAAGGGUAGCACUGCAGGAGCGCUUGCGGGAAAUUGGUAUGACCUCCACGGAGUACGAGCGGUACGGUGCGCUGCAGGGGCGGGUGCGUGCCCCUGUGGCGAUAUUGAGGAGUAUGUUAAGUGGCCUUAAAGCUGCGGAAGGUGAACGCGUGUGGCUGCGUGGCCAAACGGACGGAGUAUGGGAUGACAGUAAGAUUGUAGAGGGCAUCGUUGGGGAGCGUAACAUCUACAAACGGCGCGCCGACUAUGCUGACGCCAGCCCCUUUCAGCUCAAGCGAAAGAAGCGUCUCUUGUUUGUGCUAGAUGUAAGUGCCAGUAUGUACCGGUUUGAAGGGAUGGAUCAGAGGCUCACGAAGUUGCUCGAAUCCACGGUGAUGGUUAUGGAGGCGUUCACUGGCUACGAAGAAAAAAUUGACUAUGCCAUGGUAGGUCACAACGGGGACAGUGCGUGUAUUGAGCUUGUACCCUUUGGCAAGCCACCGACUAACCAAAAGGAAAGGGCGGAAGUAUGCCAACGUAUGGUUGCCCACGCACAGUACUGCUGGUCAGGCGACAAUACCGUCCAAGCGAUGCGGCAGAGUAUUGAGCUCGUCACGGCGGAGAAGGGUGAGGCGUACCUUGUUUUCGUGAUUAGCGAUGCAAACCUCUCACGAUACGGGAUUGAGCCCGGCGAGCUCGGUGAGAUUAUGGAAAGCAAUCAAGAAGUACAAAUGUUCUGCAUUUUUAUUGCCACUUUGGGCGAACAGGCGCUGAACCUGAGGGAGAAACUGCCAAGUGGACACGGCUUUGAAUGUAUGGACACACAGGCUCUCCCACACAUCCUUAAACAAAUAUUCUUGUCUGUCAACCUCCUUUAA